AUGGCUGAUGAUGAUUAUAUUGAAGAAUUUAGUAUCACAGAAAGUGAUUUAGAUUCUGCUUUAAAUCCUACACGUCGACGUGGUCGACAAAGUAUUUGGGCAACAUCAGCUGAAAGAGCAUCCAAUCGUCCAACAACAACAGCAUCAUCAUCUUAUGGUCGCGGACCACAAUCAAUAUCGUUUGUUAGUAGUGGUGUUAAAUUAGGAGGAAAUAUCGAAAAGAAAAAGAAAUCAACAACAACCGAAACAAAAAAGAAACCGGCUAUUAUUGAAAGUUAUGAUAGUGAUGAAGAUAGUGAUGAAAUCAAUGAUGACGAUGAUGAUGAUGAUGACGAAGUUGAAGUAAUUGGAAAAAGAAGAAGAAAACGUGGAGAUAUGAGUGACGAUGAUGAUGAUGAUGAUGAUGACAAUGAUAGUGAUGUUGAAGAAAUACGAGAUGAGAAGAAUCGACCCAAUGGAUCGAGUGAUGAAGAAAUUGAACCACGUGUCAUUCAACGUCAACCGCCAAAUGUUCAGUAUCAACGACCACCACCAGUCAAUACAGCACCAAUACACGACAAAGAUUUCGGUGCAUUUGAAAAACAUACAAAAGGUAUUGGUAUGAAGCUGUUAAUGCAAAUGGGUUAUAAAAAAGGUCAUGGUUUGGGAAAGAAUCUUCAGGGUCGUGCAUUACCUAUUCAAGUUCAGAAACGUGAAGGUAAAGGUGCAAUUGGUCGAUAUGGUCAUGAAGAUCCUAAUCGUGUUAAACCAGCUACUGAAGAAUCAGAGCCUGGUUCGUCAACAAAAGCAUCGAAAAAAGCGGCUGGUCCAACUGCACCACAAUGGAGAAAACAACAACGAGAAAAAGUUCCUAAACAAUUCUAUCUAUACAAAACAUUAGAUGACGUUUUAAAAGAACAAACAACUAAAUUUCAUAAUAAAAAAUCCAAUGAACAAACUCGAGAAAAAAUUAUUGAUAUGACAGGUCGUGAACAACGUAUUCUUCAAAAUUAUGAUUCCAUAUCAACAAAAAAUUAUGAAACAGAACAAGUUUUUUCAUUAAAUGAAUUAACACAUAACAUUGAUUUAGCUAUUGAGUCAUGUGAAGAAUCAAUGAUUCGUUCUCAUCGAAGACGUAAAUUUGAUGAAGAUACAACAGUAGCAUUACAAUACGAUUUAUCAUAUACACAACAAAUGAUGACAGAAGAACAAACAAAUAUGAGUAGAUUACAUGUUCUUAUAAAUAUGAUUGAUCAAUGUGAACAACUUGUUAAUCAAGUUCAAAAUGUGACUGAUUUAUUUUUUCUUCAACGAAUUUUCGAUGAACUUAAACGAACUUAUCAAAAAGAAUAUCAAAAAUAUCGUUUAUGGGAUUUAGCAGUACCUGUGUUACAUAAUUAUCUUAAACAAUAUCUUGAUUCAAAUUGGAAAAUACUUCAUGGUGAACAUGAUCAUGAUCAUGAAUUAAUUAGUUUAUUUUCUAAAUGGAAAGAUGUACUUGAAGAUACUACUAUUGACUUAACAGUAGAUAAUACAAUUUCAUCAAGAGAAAAUAUGGAUCCAUAUCAUCGACUUAUUUGGGAUGUUUGGAUGCCAUUUUUACGACGAGCUAUUCUAGAAUGGAAUCCACGUCAUCCAGAUGAUUUAAUUGAUUUAAUUGAACGAUGGGAACCAUAUUUACCUUCAUGGAUAAUGGAUAAUAUACUUAAUCAACUUAUUUUUCCAAUUCUUCAUCGUGAAGUUGAUCAAUGGAAUCCAUUAACUGAUUCAAUUCCAAUACAUUCAUGGAUUCAUCCAUGGUUGCCAUUAAUGAAAGAUCGUCUCGAACCUCUUUAUCAACCAAUUCGUACAAAAUUGGCACAAGCUUUACAAAAUUGGCAACCAUCAGAUUCAUCAGCUAAAGCUGUUCUACUUCCAUGGCAAAAAGUUUUUCAACAAGGAACAUGGGAUGCAUUUAUGAAUAAACAUAUUGUACCGAAAUUAAUUACAACAAUGCAACAAUUUAUUAUUGAUCCUCGACAACAAGUUUUAGAUCCAUGGAAUUGGUUUAUUGCUUGGAUUGAUAUGGUACCAUUAUCAAGUAUGAUUGCUAUAUUAGAAAAAAGUUUUUUCCCAAAAUGGUUACAAGUACUUAAUGUAUGGUUAAAUACAAAUCCAAAUUAUCAAGAAAUUCAACGAUGGUACAGUGGUUGGCGUUCAUUACUUCCACAAGCAAUUAUUAAUCAUACGAUAAUAAAAGAAAAAUUAACCGAAGGUUUAAUGAUGAUAGAUCGACGAAUAUCUGGUGCAGGAAAUGCUCAACAACCAACAGCAGCACCCACUCCACCACCACCACCACAACCUCCUGUCAAUGUUAAUUAUGAAGCAAUUUAUAAUCGUGGUGUUGCAACAUCAACAUCGACAGUUGUUUCAUCAUUUAAAGAUCUUGUUGAAAAGAAAGCUGCACAGUAUAAUCUUUUGUUUAUACCAUUAACGAAUCGAACAUUUGAAGGCAAACAAAUUUAUCAAUUUGGAAAUGUUAAUAUUUAUAUUGAUAAAAAUGUUUUAUUUCUAUUUGAAAAUGGUCAAUGGUUACCAUUACGAUUAAAUGAUCUUGUUAAGAGAGUAUGUUAA